AUGUCUCCUCGCCGUACAGAGUACUCACUCAUUCCAGGACAUGACUACAAGCAGGGGGCGAAGGAGCUACACGAUUCGGCUUUAUUCAGCGAUCUCACCAUUACCUGCAAGGGUACGGUGUUCAAGGUUCAUAAGAUGGUGCUCUACGUUCAGUCUAGCUUUUUCAUACCCUACUCGGUGGCAAGUUCAAGGUAUGCGCCGGAGAGCAACGAGUCCUCCAUCGACCUCGAUGAGGACCCUAUCGUCUUCGAAGCCAUGCUUUACUACCUCUACAACUUCUCUUGCUCCUGGAGUGGAGAGAUGACUGCUCCAGUUCAGGCUGUCUCCCUCUAUCAGCUAGGCGACAAGUACGACAUCCCUCCUCUUCGUGCCACUGCCGCACGCCGUCUCAGCAAGAGUCUCCAGCCACUCUCCGAUGUCGAGGCGUUCGUUGACGUAGUCUACGCUAUCGACAAGAAUACAAAUCCGAAGGACUCGACGCUUCUGGACAUCGUCAUGCCGAUGAUGAAGGAGGACUUGCUCGAGUUGGUCAAGGUGAAAGCGUUUUCGGCCAUGCUCAGCGCGCUCCCAGACGUCAACAUCCGUCUCUUGACUGACCUCCACCAA